UUAAAAAAGGAAAAUCCAAAACCGUCGUGCCACCAGAGCACUAUCAAACAAACAAUCUUUCGGUAUCUCCGCAUCUAUUCAGCGAAUCUGAUCCUAUUUCUUGAGUUUCAUUUUGUUUUUCGUUCUUUGCUGUUAAGAUGAGGCUUCCUUCUUCAAUUUCUUAAAGGGAAGCCUUGUUCUUUUGUUUUCUUGGAACGUGACUUUGUGUUGUGCUGAUUUUAGAGUCCUCCGCCCGAGAUUUCUGUUUUUAUAGAAGGAUUCCCGUCUGGGUUUUCAUUCUCAGUCCGUGAUUCUUCAAUUUCCUUCAUUUUCAGUUAGAAAGAUGGGCAGCGUGGAACAACUUUGUGAAGAUUCAAACCUGCCAACCGAAACAAUGGAGCAGUGUAAAGUGAACUGUUCAAAGGAAGGGAAAGGGAAGAGGUUGUGGAAAAAGGUUAAGUAUCAGCUGGUUGAGUACCACUCAUUGCCUGGAUAUUUGAGGGACAAUGAGUAUAUUUUGGGCCACUAUAGAUCAGAAUGGCCAAUGAAACAGGUUUUGCUUAGCAUCUUCACAAUUCACAACGAAACCUUGAACGUUUGGACGCAUUUGAUUGGGUUCUUCAUUUUCCUUGCCCUUACGAUAUACACUGCAAUGAAGGUUCCGAAGGUUGUUGAUUUUCACUCUCUGCAGCACAUUCCUGAUGUAUUGAGAAAGGCUGAUUUACACAAACUGCAUUCAGAAUUAUUGACAUGCCUGCCUUCCUUACCAAAUAUGCCCGGUUUGCACAAACUUCGGGAGGAGUUACUGUUGCUCUCAGGUUGGCAUGUCAGGGAACUUCUGUAUAAUUGUUUACCUGAGCGUUUCUUUUCUGGAAAUCACACCGAUGUUUGUGUUUUGCAAAGUGUGAAGGAGGAUGUGGCAAACAUAAUAGCACCCCUGAUGGUGAGACCGAUAACACGGUGGCCUUUCUUUGCCUUCUUGGGUGGUGCAAUGUUCUGCUUGCUGGCUAGCAGCACAUGCCACCUUCUCUCUUGCCACUCUGAGCGCCUAUCAUAUAUCAUGCUCAGGCUAGACUAUGCUGGGAUCGCGGCUCUCAUAUCUACUUCCUUCUAUCCUCCGGUGUAUUACUCCUUCAUGUGCGAUCCAUUCUUUUGCAACCUCUAUUUGGGAUUCAUAACCAUCUUGGGAGUCUCAACGAUCAUAGUUUCCUUAUUGCCAGUGUUUCAGAAUCCCGAGUUUCGCAGCAUUCGUGCAUCCCUCUUCUUUGGCAUGGGCAUGUCAGGAAUAGCACCCAUUCUUCACAAGCUCAUCUUGUUCUGGCACCAGCCUGAGGCACUUCUCACAACCGGGUAUGAGGUUUUGAUGGGGCUUUUUUAUGGCAUUGGAGCUUUGGUCUAUGCGACAAGGAUACCGGAACGGUGGAUGCCCGGGAAGUUCGACAUUGCUGGGCACAGCCACCAACUUUUUCACAUCUUGGUCGUUGCAGGGGCAUACACUCAUUACCGUGCAGGACUGGUUUACCUCAAAUGGCGGGAUCUAAAUGGAUGUUAAAGUGAAACUAGAGAGGAGUCGAUUACUGAAAGAAGUAGCUAAAAUUUAUGUGCGGUUGAAUUUAUGAUCAACCCAUUGUCAGUCAAGUGUAUAUUCUUCAUUAAAUCAGUCUUACAGCUCUAAGAACCAUUAGCUUUCAGCCUUAGUUCAUGUUCUAAACAUGCAAAUACUUCUAAUAAUGUGGCAGAGACAAGAACUUAAUGUUUUGGAGGUUUUAA